AUGGCUCGGUCAAGUGGUAGUGAUCUUCGGGCUCCAAUAUUCAAUGAAGCGAAAGGGAAGAAGGUUGAUGAAGAAGGGUCAUCGGAGUCAGAGAAGGUGUCUUUGUUAAUGAAGGAUGCUAAGGCACUUGGUAUUAUCCAAGGAGCUGUCUCAGAUGACAUUUUCCCUAGAAUCUCAAAUGAAGAAACCUCAAAAAGUGCUUGGGAUGUUUUGCAUUGA